AUGAAACAAAUUUGGAAACACUUUUUGGCUGCAGUCAGAGAUGCAUCAUUGAGCAUAUUAACUUCAAAUUUACACUUCCUUCGUAACAAAAAAUCUGCAAUAUCGUUGGAAGAUAUUUGUAAUAUUAGCAAUGCUAUUCAUUUAUGCAUUGUAACAAAUGCGCACGGCCUAAGUUAUUCGAUACAAUUUGAAUUAAUGAAAUAUUGGCUCGAAAUUAUCGGUAUUAUUCGUGCCAGUGCCGAAACUUUAAACAUCGAUUUUCUAUGUUAUUUAAACAACAGUAAUACAUCAUUAUUACGAUCGGGAUGUGAUUUAAUUUACACAGCGCCUAUUAAAUUGGCCGAUGCAUUAAAUCGUGUUCCAGUUAAUGUACCUCUACUCUCCAGCCCAAUCGUUCACACAAUCGAACAUAAACAAGUAAUUAAUCCAAAAACUCAACUUUUCAUUGAACGAGCUGGUUUACCUCUGCCGUGUGACACAAGUCAACGCGGUCGAAUUAUUGUUAAUUUCGACAUUGAAUUUCCCGACAUGCCUCUAGGAGUAGAAGCAAACUAA